UGAAUACACUAAAUCCAUUUAUUGUAGAAGGCAUCGCCGGAAGUCCGCCAAACGCCCAAGCAACUCUGCGGCUGCACUGAUAACCGAAAUAAACGGACUCCUGAUCGGCACUUUGAUGCGGUUUUCGCGUCUCUGACGUCUAGCCUGUUGCCACAACGACGCACAUCGCGUUGCCGCACGAGUCCCUUGGGACAUGAAAGUGCUGUACACUCGAGUGAGCAUGCGCAAGGGAUCAUAAACACUACACGGCUGUCACCUGGCGCAGUACCCUCCGUUGUGGCGUGGCGAGCAGUGUCAUAGGUCUAUAAACAUGAAGACGUACCGCACGUACCUCAAGGACUGUCAUAGGCGGUACAGUUGUGUUCACUGUCGCGCUCAUCUCGCCAAUCACGACGAACUCAUUUCCAAGUCGUUCCAAGGCAGCCAGGGCAAGGCUUAUCUCUUCAACAAAGUGGUCAAUAUCGGCUGCGGGCCUGCUGAGGAGCGUGUACUGCUCACCGGAUUGCACGCGGUUUCGGACAUCUUCUGCAGAAACUGCAAGACGACACUUGGCUGGAAAUACGAACAUGCUUUCGAGUCUAGUCAGAAAUAUAAGGAGGGGAAGUUCAUUAUUGAAUUGGCACACAUGAUCAAAGAAAAUCGUUGGGACGAGCGGUGAAGGGCCGGAGUUGUUCUCCACGUCUACGCGUUACUCCGACAGAUUGGCUACUUCUCGACUCACCUCUUCUUCACACGUCUUAGCUCAAUGGUUAAGAUGUAUGUAGAAUCAUUAUUCAUUGGUUGUAAAUUUGAAGAUUGUACAUUGGACAGACUUACUAGAUCAUAGAAGGCUAUUUUAUUUUUUGGGAAACCAUCUGUUGUAUUCAUGUGCGGGUGGUCACCAUGUGAUUUCCCUUUCUGAGCUAAUCCUAGUUUUACAACGUUGUUCAAACUUAGUUUUCUAGGCAGUGUAUGUAGCAAGAGACUAUUAUAGCAACUAUUGCAUCAGAGCACAA